CUGGCCGCUAUGUUGUCCUAUCAGCAUCAGGAGAUUUAUAUAUUCGAACUGUGCGCACCGAAGAUAGUUUGGUGAAAUAUUCGUGUCUGGUUACCAAUACACUGAAUGGCGAUAGACAACGAAGUGAGGCUGUUAAGUUACAGGUCAAAGAGCUUAGCAAAAACUUAGCACCACGUACAACCCAAAAACCCGUUAUGGACAUUCAUGUGGAGCGGGGCAAUGAUGUUCACAUGCCGUGUAACAUUCAAGGCAGUCCAUUACCUAUAUUCAC